AACACUGCCUGACGUUGAUAUUAGAUGAUUUAAUAUGUCAUCAUUUUGCUAGAGCCAAACUAUGGAAUGAGGAGGGUUCAAAGUUUUUACACUACGCUAGAACUACGUAAUAACAAGUACGUCUCUAACUUCACGGAAGAGAAGAUAAUUUGUGGCAUUGAUUUGACAAGUAUAACAAAUAAAGCAACCAAAAUAGAGUUGAUCGUCACAGACAAAGACGACGUGAAUAUUGAGUUUUGCAGUGACAUAAGUAUGCAAUGGUUUGAAACAUGCUUUCGAGCAAAAAAAUUGACCUUUAACGUAUCUGGUUUGAAAAACAGAAGAAAUCUAACUUUGUAUGAACUUGCAGAUGACGCGUUGUUAAUGGUUGAUCGUAUCGCCGUUUUAGGAUUUUAUCACAAAGAGGAACCCAAAGUAAGUAAGUGGGAAUUUCUGAACGACUACCCACCGGAAGAAGUGCUGAACAUCAUGAGACCAGUGCUGCAAAAAGCUAGGUCUGCAGGGGAGGUGGCAGUUCAGAACCUCUCGUCAAGUAUCCGUAAGAAAGAGAGUGCAACCGACUACCGGAAGUCAUCAAAAGGAAUAGGAAUCCUGGGAGGUUGUCUUCUUGGAUUAGUUUUCUUGAUCAUCUUCGUGUCUGAUGUAUUCAUCAUCAAAGCGCACUUGAAAGCCAUGUAUCGGAAUAUUUUAAAUCUGUUUAGACCAUCACCUAUUGUGCAUAUUUACACAUAA